CCGCUCAACUGGGAAUUUAUUUUUGCGUAACUUGAGUCACUCUCUCUCUCUAUCUGUAACCCAAACCGCCGCUUCAGUUCUUCCCCGAAACCCUCGACUCGUGCAAUCCUUCUCUGCCUUCCGCCGUUGACGGCGGCCCAAAACCUAAUUUCCCCCGCGAUUUUCCUCCCGGUUCUCGUAACUACGGCUGCGAUGGCAUCUUCUUCGAGUGAAACCACCAGCGACGGGCCUGUCCUCAAUGUAAUCAACAAACGCCUACGAGCGUUGCGAAAGAAGCUUAACCGGAUAACGCAAAUGGAGGAGUCCUUGGCUCAGGGGAAAACACUGAACAAGGAACAGGAGGAAACCUUCCGUUCCAAAGCCGUGGUCCUUGCCGGCAUCGACGAGCUGGAAAAACUCCGCGAGCCGAUCUUGCAAGCCGUGGGUCAAGAAAUUGAACUGGCUUUGGAGAAGACGCAGCAAAGUCCCGUUGCUGUGGCUUCGGAAAUCCAGAACGGGGAGGCAGCGGCGGAAACAGAAACCAAGGGGGGAGACGAUUGCGAUUCUGUUGUUUCCGAUCUGCUAACUUUGCUGUAUUUCGGUGGUGUUUUCGAUGUCUCAACUCUGAUGAGGGCGCACGACAACAUGUUGACGAGGACGCAUGAGCGGAAUUGUUGCUUGACUUAUGAUUACGUGACUGAUGAUGAUACUGCAGGGGAACCGUUGAAGGAGAGGGAUUUGGAUUUGAUUGCCAUGCUUGGAAGUAUGUUGGUUUCGAGGCCAAUUAAUUCCAGCUUGUCUCAUAAGAAUGCUCUGCAAAAAUGCGUGGAGCAUGCUAAACUAUGGCUGGCUAACGCAGAGCACCCCGUUGAGUCCAAUUCAAACUUAACCUAUGCUGACUUGAGGGAGAAGCUGAACAAAAUUAUGGCUUCAGAGUACUUCACAACUGCACCUGAAAUAAAAGCUCCUGUUGAAGUGGCAGCUGCUGCUGGCAAUUUUACUUCUUUUCAUGUCCCGAUGCAUGGUUCUGUGAUCCCAGCGAUCAAUGAAGGUGCAUCGGUAGAAGGAUCAGCUGAGGGCUAUCAAAAUGAGGAAGCACAGUCACCUAGUUCCCACAGCAACGAAGUAUAUGAUGAUGAGUCUGGCCAAAUUGAAGAACUUCAUCAGGGGUGUAAAGAAAUAGAAAAUCCCUCAGAAAUUCAGGCUUUGGAAACUCCUGAUACACAGGCUGAUCAAAACACGAGGGAUAUGGACUUGAAGGAGCAACAUACUCAUUGGAAACCAUAUCAAAACUACCGAGGCGGCCGUGGUGGUGGACGCAGAGGAUACAGCAAUGGCCGUGGAGGGAGAGGCGGCAGAGGAGGUUACCAAAAUGGGCGCAACCAGUAUUAUGAUCAACCUGGAGGAUAUCACCCAAGAAACAAUUAUUACCGAGGCCGGGGUGGCAGGGGUAUGGGCGGAGGCUACAAUCAGUAUUUCCCUUCGGGUCAUAAUGACCAUGUGCAAGCAGCUUCGUGAUCUGAUCUCUUGAUUUUGGGUUCUUUCGGGGCUUUGUACUUGGGUUGGGGGGGUUUGUGGAAGUUAUCUAUCUAUCAUGGACUGUAUGGUAGUCUUGUCUUGUGGAACAUUGUGGCUCCAUGAAGAAUGGUUUGGAAGUAGAAUAUUAUACAUCCGGAAGAUAUGGCAUAUUUUGAGCUGUUGUGCUCAUGACUGCUGAGUGUUUUGUUUCAACAGGAAUGGAUGCUGCCGUGCUGUUUCUGCCUCCAUCGUCAAGUAAAGUAUACUGCGAUCCAUUUUUAUUGGAAAUGCCACAAGUAACUUGAUUUG